CUUGUGAAAGAAAUAACAAAAAGUUUCGUUCAUAUUUCAGCUUCGGUAGAUCAGCGAUAUCAAUACUAUUAGUACCAGUUUUAUCACUAUGUACGGAGGUAUCCUGUUUCAAAAACAAUUUCGAACCAGACUUCCACACAGGACAAAUUCCCAAAGGAGUUGUAUCAACAAACGGGAUAGGAUGUGCUGAAGCUGGAAUAGAUAUUAUGAAAAAAGGUGGAACCGCUGUGGAUGCAGCAAUAGCCACCCUAUUCUGUGAAGGAGUGUCUAUGCCAAGCACUAUGGGCUUGGGUGGAGGAUUUUUUAUGACAAUUUACAAAAAAUCAUUGAACCGAGUAUACUGUUUGGAUUCUCGAGAAGUCGCUCCUGCUGCCGCUACACAAAAUAUGUUUUCCGGGCGACCAGAACUAGCCCAAACUGGUAAAUAUAGCGACUUGCGCUUGCUUCGGACAGGGGUACUGCAAGUGAGUGGUAGCCAGUGGAACUCCAAUCAACAUGUUAUUCACUCUCAGUCCUCGCUUGGUGACUUAUUUUCCGUGAGGCUGCUGGGGAUGGUGUUUCCGGAUCUGAAGCAGAUUCUGUACUCGUACUCAUUUCUUCUCAUCUUUUUCGACAAUCCUCUGACUGCUGCACACUAUGUGUCAGCCAUUGCAUAUGAAAAAUUGAAAAAUGCUUUUUCCAUUUUCAGACCCAAAUGGAAAGCUUCAGUCAAAACCUCAAUAUCCGGAAUGCAACUACAUUCGUUUCCUUUGCCAUCAUCGGGACCUCUACUCGUAUACAUGUCCAAUAUUCUCAAUGGAUUUCUCGAUUCUGAAACACCUUUCUCGCUAACAAACUACCAACGGUUGGUAGAGGCACUGAAGUUUGGUUAUGGAGCCCGAACGAAUCUAGGUGAUGACGAUUUUGUUGACGUGGAAGGGAUUUUGGCCAACAUAACAUCCGUAAAAUAUGCUGUUCAGACAAGGAAGAAGAUAUUCGACAACAGAACAUCACAAGAUCCGUCAUACUAUGGAGCUUUCACCGAAAACCAUAACGAUCAUGGAACCGCCCACAUAUGCGUUGUGGCUCCGAAUGGUGAUGUAGUUUCGGUAACCAGCAGUAUAAAUUAUAUAUUUGGAGCAAAAUUCAUGUCGGAAAGCACAGGUAUCAUCCUGAAUGAUUCUAUGGAUGAUUUUUCAAUCCCGGGUGAGCCAAAUAUAUUUGGUUUACCACCUUCCCCUACAAAUUACAUAGAACCUGGUAAACGGCCAAUGUCAUCCAUGUGUCCUUCAAUUAUUUUAGAUAAUGGCAACGUAUUCAUGGUUAUUGGUGGUGCAGGUGGUAGCAGAAUUACAUCCAAUGUCCUUCAGGUUAUCAUCAAUCGCCUAUUCUACCGUUUUGAUUUGAUACAAGCGUCAAAUGAGGAGAGGAUCCAUCACCAGCUUUUUCCAAUGAUUCUUCAACUAGAAAACGACUUUCUACAAAAAAAACCUGAUAUUGUUGAUGGUUUGCGAGAAAUAGGUCACAAAUUGACAUUCUCAGAUCCGGAUGGAUUUGCAGCAGUAACUUGCAUUUCCAGAGAUAAUGGAGAAAGACUUCUUGGUGUGACAGACAAAAGAAGAGGUGGAUCAGUAGCUAAUUUAUAUUGAAUAUAUCAAGUUGUAAAAUGAUCAGAUCAUUUCAUAGAAGGAAAUGGAAUAAAGCAUAAUGAAAAUU